AUGUUUCAGUCUCAAAAACCAUACACGGCAGUGACCGUCCAAAUCGAGGUCUUGACCAGUGAACAAUAUGAAGUGGACGACUCAGCGGGUAUCGUAGACUUGACAGAGGCGAUUCUUAUUCAGGCUACUGGCCCAACAGAAGCCAGCCGGGCUCUGCGCAAGAAGUUGAAAUACGGAAACGUGCAUCGCCAAUUACGGGCACUCACCAUCCUCGAUUUUCUCAUCCAGAAUGCAGGCGAGCGUUUCCUGCGCGAAUUCGCCGAUGAGCCCCUGCUUGAACGCCUGCGAAUUGCCGGUACAGACCCCAUCUCCGAUCCCCAGGUCAAGCAGAAAUGUAAAGUGCUUUUUGGUCAAUGGGCCGCGACGUACAAGGACACGCCUGGAAUGGCGAAGAUCACGGCCCUAUACAAGCAACUGCCCAAGCGCAAGCAGCCCGCCACCCAAGCCAAGGCGAAGGUCCUCCGUGAGGACUCCAGCAACUUCAACGAGCCUAUGGGCCACUCGGUCUCGAUCUCUGCCGGUGGGGGGCCACCCACCCCUCUGACAAAUCCUGUCAAGAAACCCAAGAAGGAUAAGAAGGCAAAGCGGGCGUCAACAAUGUCUGUGAGCCGGAGUUUCAACCUGGAGAAGGAGCGCCCUGAAAUCCUGCAAUGCAUUGCUUCCUCCUCGGUUGCUAGUACCAAUUUGUUGAAUGCGCUGAAGCUUGUUAAUCGUGAAACGACCCGGGUUAGCGAAGAUGCGGAAUGUAUCAACCGAUUUGAGAAGUGCAAGAAGCUUCGCCACCAAGUUUUACGAUACAUUCAGCAUAUUGAGAGCGAGGAAUUCCUGGGUGGACUAAUCCACGCCAACGAAGAGUUGGUGACGGGCUUGAUGGCUUUCGAGGUGUUGGAUAAGAGUGUGGACUACGACAGCGACAGUGAGGAUGAUGUCCUGGGCGGGAACUGGAGAUCCAAGGCUGAAAUUGAGGAUGAGAUGGGCCAGAGUUUCAAUGGGCUCUCCGUGAACCCGCCUAGGCCCCCUCGGCCAGGUGCCUCCGCAACCCGAAUACUGGAGAGUGAAAGCGAAUCGGAGCCAGAGGAUGACGACGACGAUAACCCGUUUGGCGACCGCAAUGCCAUCAAGACCCCUGGCGUCGAACGCACCGGAUAUUCCUGGAAGGAAGUUUGA